AACUCAAAAUAAACAUUAAUUAUACGAUAGCUGUGUGUGUAUAUCCCCAAAAGUAGUACAAACGUACUACCCCAAAGCAAAACCUCUGCAUUUAUUCCAAUUCAAACUACGGAAACCACAAACCCUUAAUCAAUGUAAAAUUUCAUGAAUGGUGAUUUGAAACAACAACAACAAUUACAACCACACAUUGUUUGAACUUUGAACCUUGUUCAAUUCAAUGCAUUCAACACAAAGAAGACCCAAUAAACAGUUAAAGGAAAAGGAGGACUACAUUGAUGUUGUUGGUGACGCUGUUCAUGCUUGUUGGGUCCCACCUCUCCUUCAACCACAGCUCAUUUUACAGGAUAAACCACCACAAGAGAUAAAGAAAGAGCCUAAAGUUAAAAUCAAAUUCAAAUUUACAGGGAAGCCAAAAAAUGAGCCAAAGUUUAGAAAGGGGGAAAUAGUUGAGGUUAGCAGCGACGAAGAAGGUUAUCAAGGUGCUUGGUUUGUUGCUACUAUUAUUGACACAUUAGGAAAUGAAAAGUUUUUAGUUGAACAUAGAGAUUUGUUGAUGAAUGAUGGUGGCAUUGAAGUUCUGAAAGAAGAAAUUGAAACUAAGUUUAUUAGGCCUUGUCCUCCUCAUGUUCCAAUGUUUGGUUCUUUCAAAAGGUUACAAGAAGUUGAUGCAUGGUAUAAUGAUGGAUGGUGGGAAGGCAUGGUUGUUGAAUUGGUGAAUAGCGAAGAGUGUUACGUUCGUUUUAGGAACAAUGAAGUAUUAAAAUUUGAAUCUUCGAAGUUAAGGCCGCAUCAGGAUUGGAUUGAUGGAAAAUGGAUUAUGUCUUCCAAGGAGUCAAGUGAGCGAGUGAAGAAAUUUGGAGAUGUGAUCCAUGAAACCGAAAAUCUAGGUGGAACAAAAUUAAUUUUGAAAGGUCCAAUUCCUAGUGAGAGUGCAAAGCAUAAUAGAGAUAUGAUAAGUACUGUACAUAAUGGAAGCAAAUUUGAUUUACAUUUCUAUAAAGGGACAAAUGUAGAAGUUAAAAGUGAUGAACAAGGCUAUGAAGGUUCAUGGUAUCCUGCAACUGUUGUUGAUUUAUAUCAAAAUGGAAAGUACUUGGUGGAGUAUUCAACCUUGAAAACAGAUGACUUAACUCAACAGCUGAAAGAAGUGGUAGAUGUUUCGGAUAUCAGACCGCGUCCACCAGAUAUCGAUCAUUUUUGUCGAUAUGUGAGGCAGGAAUGGGUUGAUGCUUGGUAUAAUGAUGGAUGGUGGGAAGGUGUAGUAUCUAAUGUUGGUCAUGGUUUAAAUGGAUUCAAGUAUCAGGUUUACUUUUGGACUUCAAAUGAGGUGCUGGAAUUUGAACAUAAUCAUCUGAGGCCUCAUCAAUAUUGGAUUGAUGGAAGAUGGGUGCUUGCUUCUUUGGGUUGAAGACUUGAUCAAUGGUGGAUUAUUACUUGAGAGGUUCAUGAUCCUGUCACCUUGUUAUCUUCACUGAAAUUGCUUUCCACUCCUCAAGCUUCCUAUUUUCUAUUAACUAUUAAGUAUAUAUUUCAGGCUUUAGGUAGUUGUAUUUUCCCUGAAUGAGUUUUCAUUUUAUGGAAAUUCAUUGUGUAAAAAGAUCUAGUUAUCGUCUUCCAUUUACUUCAUAGUACAUCACCUUUGAUGUACAAUACACUUACUUUCAGAAUGACUGUCCUUGAUUCAUCAUCUUUUGUAUUUAUUUUUCGGUUAAAGUGAAUUAUUACUGUCU